AUUGGAGAUAAGGUUGUGUUAAACCCAGUCAAUGCUGGACAGCCACUUCAUGCCAGUAGCCAUCAGCUUGUUGAUAAUCCAGGAUGCAAUGAAGUGAAUUCAGUGAACUGCACCACCAGUUGGAAAAUUGUUCUCUUCAUGAAAUGGAGCGACAACCAGGAGGUUGUCUUGAAAGGAGGUGAUGUGGUGAGGCUGUUCCAUGCAGAGCAGGAGAAGUUUCUGACAUGCGACGAACACAGAAAAAAGCAGUAUGUCUUUUUGCGUACCACCGGGCGCCAGUCUGCAACCUCUGCCACUAGUAGCAAAGCACUCUGGGAGGUUGAGGUGGUUCAGCAUGAUCCCUGCAGAGGCGGAGCCGGCUACUGGAACAGUCUCUUCAGGUUCAAACAUCUGGCCACUGGCCAUUACCUUGCUGCAGAGCUGGAUUCAGAGCAGGAAGUGAUGCGUGCACGUGUACGCAACCCUCAGGACAAAGUUAUGUACACAUUGGUGUCCGUUCCUGAUGGCAAUGAC